AUGGAAACCCUGGCCUCCCUUUGGGCUCGUGACCCCUGUGACCUCAGCGACCUCGGAGAGGAGUCGUCUGUUUGGGGUGAGUCUAAACAAGUAUUACAAUAGUCUCCUCCUGCUGCUCUCAUGUGGACUGAUCAGAUCUCUCCUCACCUCCAGAGAAACAAACAGCUUCAGGACACUCUGCUGCAGAGAGAAGAGGAGGUGCUCAGACUUCAGGACGAGAACAACAAGCUCAGAGAGUUCCUCAGCUCUGCUUUUGUGAGGAACCUGGAGAGAAAGGCAAAGAACCUAACCCCCGAUGGGCGGAGGAAGCUGAAGAGAAACCUGACGUACGCUGAUGACGGAUCUUUCCAGAACCGCAGCCAUCAGCUCCAAACCUUCCAGCAGGUCAGCAAGAGAGUCUGCAGGAACCUCACCGCCGAGUUCUGCUCCGAGUCCUCCGAGACCUCGUCCCCCUCAGAACCAAACCUGGACCUCUGGGUCCUCCGAACGCUGGGACUGAAGGACCGGGACACCAUCGACACGUCCAACGAGUCCUCGUCCUCGUCUGGAUACGACCUCAGCAGUCUGGUUUACGGUUCUACAGCCUCGGCCUCUGAAUUCACUCCGGACUCCUCUUUCAGCUCCUCCGUCUCCACUUCUACGCCGUCUUCUGUCCACAGCUACGGACAAACACCGACGCAGGAAACUGAUUUUAGGUGCAACGCUGCCGAACGCCAAGAAGCAAACUGUGGAACUCCUGCCAAGUCACCUCAGACCUGCACAACUUCUCCGGGUCAACGCUUCACUGCCACCGGACCGACUGGACGGUAUGAAGAUCCUGAAGAUGUGAUCAGGAGCUUCAGAACAUCAACUGCCUUCAGAUCUCCACCUCCAACUGAACAACCACCCUUCACCCAGUCACCCGACGGGGCCGAGAUCUGCUUCAUCACAGCCUCCGGUCGAGUCCAAUCUCUGGAGGGAAACCCAACAAAACCUCCGGCUAACUGGUCUCCAUUGACCAGGACACCGUCACGGGACACAAUCCAGUUCAGUCCACCUUUCUCCCCAAUCUCGUCUUCGAGUCCAGUCGUGAACCAGCUCUGGACACCCGUCCGCGGUGGCAGUCCGACGAGUCCAUCAGCGGUAUCUCAGCCUCCCGUCACGCCUCUGACGCCUCGCGGUCGGACAGAUUUGGCGUUCAGUAUGUCCCUCAGUCCGUCCAGCAGCGUCAAGACCCACAGCUUCCCUCAGGGACAAGCCUUCGUCAGGAAGGACACCAAGGGAAGGUGCAACUUCACUUGGGUGCCGACACAAAGACCAUAG